UCUCGCUGCCCUUCCUCCCAUAUGCCCUCUCAUUCCUCCCUAUUUCUCUCUUGCAGUAAGCGAUUGUGCCUUCCCGUUAUGCAGGUUAUUGUUGAGCUUUGCAACACAGCACUGUAUCUCUCUCUCCCCUGCCGCUGCCUCCGCCCCUGUUCCUAACCAUUAGCCGGUGACCACAUGUUGGGUGGGCCACUUGCCUCUUGCGGUUUUCCUCUUCUGUCUGCAGCUCUCGGUUGCUAUCGCAGCCAGCUAGCACCAGACAGGAAGGUUACUUCCUUGUGCAACGGAGCAAGGCUGCUUCAGCUCUUUCCCUGUGAGCGGCUUCUUGUGUCUACGCAGCUUAGUUUCUUGGGGCUUCUGCUUUUGCUAGGGAGGACUGGGCUGCUAGAAGAAGCUGUCGGCAGCCAAAAUGGAUCCAGAGAGAGACGGCGGUAGUGAAGAAGCAGGCAAACGAUUGGAAAAUCCCAUGGCAGGAUCCUGUGAAAUCAGCAAUCUCAUCUCAAACUACUUCAGCGCCAUGUACCAGCCAGAAGAAGCACCACCCGACCCAGACCUACUGACCCACCUUGGAGAUGAUGAUAACCUUUCUAUCACUUUGUCUAACGCCCAGAUGGCCACAGAGACAACAGGCAAGCCGACAUGGUAUGGCGAGAUGCCCCACUGCUGGAGCAGGGCUCAAGUGCUGGAGUGGAUCAGCUACCAUGUGGAGAAAAACAAGUAUGAUGCCAGUGCCAUUGACUUUUCCUGCUGCAAUAUGGAUGGCUACACGCUUUGCCAAUACACGCGGGACCAGCUGGGACUCAUCUUUGGGCCCCUUGGCGAUGAGCUCUAUGACCGCCUGCACGAAAUCACAUCUGUCCCGGAUGAACUUGGCUGGAUCAUGUCUGUGCUAAGGAGCGAAGACGUCUCUCAAGAGGCCCUUCUGGACUCCAGCCCAUUAGAACUGGGAAAUUCCUACAAUCAGGAUUACCUGGAAGAGAUGAAGUUAGCAAACAUUUUCUCCCAGUCUGACCUUGGCUACAUCUCUGGGGCCAUGUCACCAGACAGCUCAGCUUCUCUAGCAGGGACGAUGUCUCAGAGCCCUCAGUCUCAGGACUCCGGUGGAAGUGACCUAGAUCUCGACCCCAUAGACAUGAAGCACUGCCACUUUUCUGAUGGUGACUAUGCAGAAUAUAAGAAAGAAGAUCUCAAGAAGCGGAAAAGGGGACGGCCCAGGAAGGUCAGCAAGGACAGCAGAGACUGCCUGGAGACCAAGAAAAGCAAACACUCUCCAAGAGGGAUCCACCUAUGGGAAUUCAUCCGGGACAUCCUCAUUCACCCAGAGAUGAAUGAGGGGUUGUUGAAGUGGGAAGACCGACGAGAAGGCAUCUUCAAGUUCCUGCGCUCUGAGGCGGUGGCUCAGCUCUGGGGGCAAAAGAAAAAGAACAGCAGCAUGACCUAUGAGAAGCUGAGCCGAGCCAUGAGGUAUUACUACAAGCGGGAGAUCCUCGAACGAGUGGAUGGCCGGCGACUGGUGUACAAAUUUGGGAAGAACUCCAGUGGGUGGAAGGAGGAAGAGGUUCAAGACAGGAGCUAAGAGCUGCAAGAGCCACACACGGACUUGGACAUGGCCCAUCCUUGCUCAGAGGAGCAUCUCUGAGCACAGUAUGCACUGACGAGGGCUCUGAGCCCCUUAAACUGCUAUCUCCAGCAGUGUGUGUUAGACUCCAGCCCUUCUAUGGGGCAAAGUGUGUGUUCUGGCUCCUAGCUGGGAGCUCAGGUAAUUACAGCUGAUAUUUUGGCUCAAGUAGGUUAUUGUGAACCAUUAUUACUUUGUUGCAAUUGGACUCUGGCUGACAUCUUGGCUCUGGAUAGGAUUACAACGCCUUUGGCUGUCUGCUGCACCGCACAGAGCUCAUCAAGGCAGAAGGAACUGGGUGUUCUCGGCAAUUUGCUUUGUCCCAGGGGGCCAUUCACAGGACAUUCAACGGUCUGCUGAUUCACAGAGAAUGCCUUGGCCAACUGUGCAUAGGGAAGGAAGAUUUGCCACCGGUGCCUUCAGAAUAUGGGAAUGCUGAUACCCAGUUUGGAGUAGCAAUUGGAAGUGAAGCUUCCCACCCAGAUGCAGACUAGUUGGUGGCUAAUGUUCCUCUUUAACAGGCAAAACUUAGCUGGUCAGUCUUUGAAUGUAGGACUCCAAUAAUUGUGGAUUUCACAUUGCUUUGGAAGGCAGAGUUCAGGAGCCUCUUCAUUGGCUCUUCCCCAGUCAAAACAUUAUUGGGGGGGGGUCUUCUUCCCAGAAAGCACAGCAGCCUUCCCUAUGAAUUGCAUCUUUUCACUCUUAAUUUAUGUGAUAUAUGUAAGUGUGUUUAUAUAAUGUACAUAGAUAUCUAUUUUUUUCAUAACUAAAGUUGUGUGAUUGUAUCAGGAAGCACUGGGCAUUUUCAGAACCGAUGAUUGUUGUUGCUAAUAUUCAGCUGGGCUGAACGAAAAAGGAAAUCUUUUAUUUUGAAAUCAAAGUGUUUGUAGAGUGUUGUACUCGCUCAGUGACUCCAGGAGAGCCCUGCGUGAUGUACAGGCCUCCUGCUUUUUAAUAAUAAUUAACCAAUAAAUCAUUGUUUGUUGGUUUUUAA